AUGAACUGGAACAUGGGCCUCGAGCACCUCUGGAAUAACCAGAAUCUUCGCGCCUGGAGUUCUGUCGAGAAUGACCCGGAUGACCUGAAGGGUCGUUUGAAUACUAGACUCCUCGAGGAGUUGCUCGGGCUUGAGAUUGCCCAACUUCUGCUUCUUGCCACUUGCUGCAGACGCUCGGAGACCAUUUUACUCUCUCGAUUCAAGAUGAACGACAGCAUCUUCGUCGUCAUUCAUAUCGCCAACGUUGUGACUCUAAUCUCUGUCAUCGUUAUCUGA